UCUUCCAUACUGGCCAUGAUCAGCGAAGGUGCGGAAGGACAAGCUCUGCAGGAGUAUUUCGAUGUCUUCAAGUUUCCCAAGGAUAAAGCAGCAAUACGGCUAGCCUUCGACAAGUCCCUACGGAGGUUGAACUCCCAAAACCCAUCCAACGAACCGCAGUUCAAAAGUUGGUUCUACAUCUACAAGAACAACACAGUUAAGCAGGACUUCCGGAGCAAGUUACUGAAUAACUACUACGUCGAUGUGCGGGACAUCGAACGCAACGAUUACAACUUCGACGAUCCGAAAACGUCAGUCGGGCCAAUCGAACCGGAUCCGGUUCCGGUGGUGGACAGCAACCAGAUCGUUCCGUCGAACAACAACAGCAAGGACAUCAUCGAAUUCGAAGUCCUCAAGCUGAAAACCAAUCCGCAAGCGGAGAACAACGUACGGUCGGAGGUUGCUGUUGCUACCAAGUACGACGAGGUGGACGAAGAUGAUAAUCCAAAGUUCGAUAAGAACAUUGACGAUAAGCUGUACGUGGAACCGACACAGAUUAAAAAGGAAAUUGCCCAGCAAAAGGACGAGUACACGAACGAGGUGCUAGACGAGCCCGUCGUAAAACCUGUGGAGGAUCACAUUGACCAUUUCGUUUUGGACGCGCCGAAAAAGGUGAGCCUGUCGCUGAAAAAAAUGGACGAUGAUGAGGAACACGAGAUAAUGUAUGCCGUCGAGAGUCAAGCAUCGAGAAGCAGGUUUAACGUACGGCGAUCGUUCUUGUCUGGAGAUAUUGCUUCGGCACUCAGUGGUAACUCCCUUGUAGGACGGAAAGCGGACAGCAAAGAUGCGUCGGAUGAGUCGAAAAUGUUACUCUUCAAUGGAUUGUACUAUCGAGGAAGUUGGGCCAAUCCAUUCCAGCAAGUCAACUCGGAACCGGGCAUUUUCUUGCUGAACGGCGAACAGAAACCCGUUGUGAUGAUGCAUACGGCCGGCAACUUCGGUGUUGGAUUAAGCCAGGAGCUGGAUGCCAAAUUCGUUGAAUUGCCCUACAAUAACACUCGAUACUCCUUGCUCGUGAUGGUUCCCAACAAGGCGGACGGCAUCAAGGAUCUGAUCAGAAACUUCAACUGUCACAGUCUGAGCAGUGCUCAGAAGGCCCUCAACCAGCAGUCAGUUCGAAUCAGUUUACCGAAAUUCCACAUCGAUAGCACAAGUCGAGCGGAGAAGGCUCUCGCUAAGUUGGGCCUAAUCACGAUGUUCACAUCCAAGGCCGAUCUCAGUGGAAUUACGGACGAGCAGAAGAUUCACGUCGACGAACUGGUGCAGCACGUAUCCAUUCGAGUUGACGAAGGUGCCAGCAGUGAGUUGUCCCUGUCAGCGGGCGAUGCCGUCGAAUCAAAGACUUCCGACGAUCAGGACGAACUGGAGCAGUUCGUAGUCGAUCGGCCAUUUGCUUUCUUUGUGCGUGAUACCGUCGACGAUGUGGUGAUCGUUGCUGGCAAAAUUACCGACAUCCCGGACGCGACGGAGUAGAAUCACGCACUCUGACACUGUCUCUUCACUC